CCCAAAACGGGCUCCGGCCAGUGCGAGCCCCGGUACAUUGAUGCGUGGAUGCUCUGCCGUGUCGGGCUUUCAGUGGUUGAUCAGGCACGCUUGCGAAAGGUCGCUUCAAGAGGUUCCGAGCACGAGCGUGUUACGACGCAGCAGCAAAACCAAUCACACGCCUCCGCCCCCCGCCCCACACGAGACUACUCGCUACGGUUGCGUACGGUCACACGUCUAACACAAAUUGCCCGCAUCGACGCUGCCAGUUCGCAUUGGACGGCACGGUAAAACAGACGAAAUCACACACACGGCAAAAACAGACAGCCAGGUCAAAGUGUCAAGGCUGAAGAUAAGCCUGCCGAGGGCAAGUGUUGAUCUCGCGUCGUUGAAGCUGUGCGGCUCGGUGUGUGAGAGGGUUCAUUCCAGCUUCCCAGCGUCAGGUGAAUAAUUGUGUGAUUCCCCUUGCAACUGAGGUACGUCACAUCGUGCAAAUAUUCUGUUCAGGUUCGACGAGUGUGCGGUGUCGUAUUGGAAUUUCGGCCAGCGGACGUCAAUCAAAAUCACACCGAACAACAACAACAACAACAGAAACAACAGCGCCACAAAAACCCGUUCCAGUGCACGAUCGGGCAUUCACAAGCACACAGCGCGCGAAAAAGGGAAAGUCGCCCGUAAUUGUUUUUCGGAGUGUACCUGUGUCCGUGCGUGUGUGCAUGUGUAGGGCAAGGUCGCCGACGGCACAGCUGAGACCGGUGGCCCAGUAGCAGACAAAAACGCGCGCGGGUAAAACCAGGCCCAAGGUGUUUCUGGCCAGCGAGCGGUUGAAGGUGAUUGGAAUCGCGCGAGAAACCCCCCCCCCCCCCCCCUCGGAGAGGCCAGACAACAAUCAAAACCGCCACUCCGCGUGCACACCACACCAGUGGAGCUAGUAACUGUGCUUACAGUAGAGACUUACAGCAGUCCGAUCACGAUGAGCGGUGUCGACGACAUUCUGACGUACAAGCGAGACUCCAAGGAGGAUCUGUACGCGCUGCUAAACUGCAGCGAAACGUCCACGGUGGACCAAAUCCAGGCCGAGUUUAAAAUACUCGCUUUACAGUAUCACCCGGACAAGAACGAUGGUGACAAGGAGUCCGAGGCUAAGUUUCAGCAGCUAAAGGAGGCGAAGGAGAUCCUGUGCGAUCCGGAGAAGCGGGCGAGCUACGACAAGUGGCGCAACAGCGGCAUCCAGAUCAGCUACAAGAACUGGCUCGGCAUGAAGGAGCACGUCCAGCAGAGCAUGCACUGGGCGAUCCCGAAAACGAAGGACCGGAUGCUGCCGGAGGGCGGCACGGCGGCCGGCAGCACCGGGGCUGGCGCCGCGACCGGCUCUGGCGCAGUCGGAUCCGGGCUGAGCGCGGCCCAGCCCAACCCAGCCCAUCGGCGCGCCUCCGAGGGCGGCGCCGCCCUGUACUAUGGCGGGCGCAAGGGUGAGUGGGGCUCGGAGAACUCGAGCGAAGUGGUGAGCAAGUUCCGCAACUAUGAGAUCUAAGCUAACAGUGGGGGGGGGGGGGAGGAAGAGCAGGACGUUUUUGUGGGUGUGUGGGUAAGUGUGUAUAUGUGUGCCCAUUGAUUCUGGAAAGGUGUAUGUGUGUGUAUGUGUGUGUGCGUUGGGGGAGGUAGGUGGGCUAUUGUCUUUUAAGAGUCCUUGACAUCCUUGACAGCUUACGGAGAUACCACAGGACGGACGGACAUGAAUCUUCCUGUAUUAAGAAACCGUAAAGCCUAGAACGGUACACACACGCACACAUAAACACAUAAAGUAUCAUAUCCUCUUCUGCUCUUACCUCAAACAGCACAACCCUGCCCAGCAGCAUGGGAUGCGAAUUUAAUGAACUCACGGUUGAAUUGAUAAUUGGAGCAGAUACGUUACCCAGGCAGCACAGCCGUUGUCCGACCGCCAGAGGAUAUGUUUACGUGUGGGGUGGGUGUGUGUGCUUAUUUUGUGCUGCUAGAGAGGGGGUAACCUUUUGUGCUGGCGUGAGUUUAUACUUUCAUCUUCCAUUUCGUCCCGACUCUCACCUUCGCCCUUUUCAACCUCAGCCACGCUUUUCCACAUGCUCCAAUUGCGCCCUGUAAAUGGUGUGGUGGAUUCAUGCUAUUGUAAUGGGGAUGAUGAGAAUGGACAAAAGCGGUAGGUGGGUCAGUGGAGGAUCUCUCUCUAUUCUAUUCUCUCUCUCUUUCUCACUCACACACAAAAACACACACACACACAAACACACUUAUGCUAGGAUUGAUUAAAGCCGUAUUUAACCGGCUAACGAUAAAUUAAAAUUGAUCGAUUUUUCUGCGCCUGAAAGGAAGCAACCGAACAGGAACAAACGAGCCGACACUGUGGAAUACACACAUACACACACACACACACACACACACACACACACACACACACACACACACACACACACACAUACGCUCGCAGUGUGUUGAAUGAAUUGAAUAAUUAAAUGAUUUGCAAAUGAUGAGUGCCCGGGCAGGAGCGGGCAACGAUGACAUUACAAUUAAAAUAGAGAAGAGGCAAAAUCAACACAAGAAAAUUACAAAAAAAAGUAUUGCAUAACAGUGUACAUGUGUAAGAGCAUGCUGGCUAAAAAACCAUUAGUGUGUUUUGGUCCUUUGCUUUCUUCCAUGCAGCCGUUUCUCUUAGUAAAAAGAAGAAAAAAAAGAAAAUAAAUAAUAAAAAAAAACCUUUUACCUGGCCCCAAAACUCUUCCCACCGUUACGUGUGCGCUCACCACCAUCCUGCUGAUGUGGUCCUGUGUUUCUAAUUGAUGUGUUAUAGUCGUUAAUUGUUGAUGUUGAUGCACACAUAUAUGAAGCAACAGCAAAAAAGAAAAAAAAUAACAAGAAGUUAAGAAAAACGAGGAAUCGCAAAAGGUGAACGUUCUAGCGACACAAUGAUAUGCAACCGCGCUAGGAAGAGGCAAACAGGGCGACUUAGAGAACUAUUUAAAAAAAGAACAGCAAAAGAAAACAAACAGUGAUAGACUCAUUCGAGAAAGCACAUGUAGAAAGUGAAACGGAAAACCCAACGCGAGGCAGAUAAGAACGAAUGCCCAACUGUGCAACUCGGUUAUGAUAAUGAUGUAAGACGACAAAACGAAACGACACAAGAGUAAUGAUUUCCAUAUGACGACGUGCGACGUGUUCGAUCCCAAAAUAACGUGGACAAAAAAAAAUAAUAAAAGAAAGCAAACAAGAACCGAACACAACAGAGAGAUGUGUGACUUGAGAGAGGAGGGAAAACAGGGAAACAACAUUGAGGAGGAGUUAGUACUAGUAGUUAAAACACGGUGCCACAAGUAAUCAGAUCAAAUCAGAUGCGCUAACUCUUUGCUGCUCUCUACAAAAUAAAUUAACGUACACGUAUAUACAUAUAUAAAAUAUAUCAAUAUAUUUUAUAGCGAUGCGAUAUUGAAUGCAAUCUUGCAAAAUGGAACUUAAUCUUCUAAAACGUACACAUACGCACAUACGCAAGAGAAACACAAGCUACCGAUACGCAAUAAUAGAUUGCAACAACAGAAACCCAAUGAAAGCAGAAAACAUAUUUUUGUUACCUACUAUACUAUACUAUAUAUAACUACUUGAUAUGGCACACUUUACCACGUAAGGCACAAUCUGUGUAAGGCACGUAACUGUGUGACGCAAUGUAUUUAAAACUAUUUAAACAAUCAAGCUGUGUAGAUGAUAAUAUACAUACCUAUCUAUAUACACGUAUUAUAUUUGAUGUUAAACGAUGUAAAUCAUGGGUGAAAGGAAGUCUCUCUGGCACUGUCUUCGCUGCCCUCCCUUUUUCCCACAAUCACAAGCGUUUCUGACCUGUCAGUAGAGAUGUUUAAUCCGAGACACAGUCACAACUGUUUUAGUCCGUAAGAAAGUACCUUUUCACCUUGAGUGUACGUUCUAUCCAGCGCAUAGCUGCUGUUCAUGACUAUUGAAGGAAGAGAAGAGAGAUAAGCGAAAAAAAAAAACAAAAUAAAAAAGAAACAAAGUAUUUAUUACAAAAAAUUAAAAUGUUUAAUGCAAACAGCAGAAGAGAGAAUAUAAAGCAUACACAAACAAGUAAAAUUUGAUGAACUUAAAGUUUAAUACCCAAAAUGAAUGUGAUGAAUGCCAAGUAAGGACCCUGUCCUUUUUAGCACUGGAAUGAACAAAAAACAUUUGACUUGACUGCAUUCGGAAUCGACCUUUAUAGACAAUUUGGAGAUCCCUUUUAUACCCGUUGGCAACCAUACAAAAAUAAGAAAAAAAAAGAAAAAAAAAACAUUUAAUGUUAGUUUCUACACUAUUUUCUGUACUGAGAGGUAUGGCGUUAAAAUUGCACGCUAAAUAAAAAAAAUGAACAGAUGGACAAGUAAUAGCAGAUAAAAGACAAAUCAAAAAUUGUUGAAUCCAACAGGAGAUAACCCACGAAAAGCUACAAGAACAAGAAAGUGCGCAGCUCCCAGGGGACGGUCAAACUGUCAGGAAAUUCUUACAAACUUGCACACUUAUUGCAAACACAUGAUUCACUAUACUGGCUCAUUCUCGCAUCACUAAUAAACACAAUAAAAAAAAACCGUCGACAAACUUUUGAAUGCUCUAUUUUUUGGACAAUUUAUGGCAGAAUGCAAAACAAAUAAAUCCUACAAACACUUCAGCUAGGAGAUGCAAACGUGUAAAACCCCACCCCAACUUACAGGACCAUAUUGCCAAAUCCGUAUUGUGAUUUUAUGUUGCCCUUUUUAUCCCCUUACCACCCCAUGCUGUAUUCUAAACAUCGCCAUUUUUCAUGGGGCACAUUAUUCUGCUUAAAGAGAAAAGGAUAAGAAAGAGAUGAAGAGAGAUAAGAGAGAUAGAGACAUUUAACGGAAAAGGCAAAGCAUAUUUAUUUACAAGACACCUACAGUGGAAAACCAAAACUUACUACAGCGCAAUGAAAAAUAGCCCUUCAACCGAGAAGCACUGUACCAACAAGGAAGAAAUACGAAAAAAUAAAGAAUAGGAAUAAAAAGAAGAAUUAGAAGAGAUAUAGAAAGAAGAAGAAACACAGGAAAAAACACAGACAUAAAUUAUGUUCAAGCAGUUGGAUUGAUUUGUGUGAGAAUGAAAUGAUUUUUGAUGAAAAUAGACAGAAUGCAACCGAUCACAGAUGCGCUAGCAAGCCUUUACAAUUCCCGGAAUCUUCCUCAAAGCAUGGGUUAAUAAUAGUCAAAUUUCUUUAGUGGCACACACACGAGAGAAAACCUUAAAUAUAGAAAAACUACAAACCAAAACAAAUAAACAUUAACAAACAGCCACAAUUAUAUGAAAAAAGGCAACAAAAUGGAUGUAUAAUGUUGGUGUGUCAAAAUGUGAUCCCUAGCAAUCUGAGCACCCCACCAAGGCUCCCGCUCUCUAUCUCUCUACCCCGUUAUGAGCGUAAUAAUCAUUCCCGUGGAAAAAAAACAUUAA